AUGACGUUGCCCCCUGAUUUUGACCCGUAUGCCGCGUUGGGGGUCACUAAGGAAGCUACCAUCACCGAGAUCCGAGCUGCCCGCCGCAAACGAGAUCAAGCUGAAUCGCAGCAAAACGCCGCCCAGGAGGAGUUCCAGCGGGUGGAGCAGGCUUACGCAUUACUCUCCGAUCACACGCGAAGGGCUCAAUAUGACAAGAAGGCGGAGCUGGUAGAGCUUAAGCGUGAUCUGCUAGCAUGUAGGCGGAAAACAGAGUCAACGUCUGACUCCCCGCUGUGGGGAAGUGGAAGUGGCAUUUCCCGAGAAUUUGGGGAAAAGUAUAUCGUGGAGGAAUCUGUGCCCAAGAAGGACUUAGAUGAGGCGAUGUGCUUUUCUCAUGAGCCCCGACCUAUGCCUCGCCGCAGAUAUGAGGAAUUUUGGCAUACAGCCCCAGGCAACGGACGAGAGGGAAAAGACACAGACGCCCGUGUAUAG